UCUUGAACGCAGCUCGUUGCCGUUUAUGAAACACAACAAAGCGCUUCCUGUAGAAGAAGAAGAGCGGCCCGGUGCUGCACACAGGUCACAGGACGGGCAUCCAGAAUGACGAGCCUCCAGCUGAGUGCGAAGGAGGAGAUGGUGGAGAAGCUUCUGGACGCUGCGGCCCGAGGGGACCUGACCCAGGUGUCCUCGCUGCUGUCCCACGUCCCCUCGCUCAUCAACCAGAAGGGAGACAGCGGCUGGACGGCGCUGAUGCUCGCGGCUCGGAACGGACACUACAGCGUGGUGGAGACGCUGCUGUCUCACGGAUGUGACAAGUUCUCAGUGAACAGCUCGUCACAGACCGCCUACGAUAUCUCCAAGUUCUGCCACAAGACCGUCUCCAACCUGCUGGGGCGGACGGACGAAGGCUGCCAGCGCGUCCUGCCGGGCUGCGACCUCCAGCAGCAGGAGAACUACUUCAGCAGAGAGAUGCUGGAGCGGCUGAGCGUGAAGCGGAGCGAGGCGGCGUGGCUGGAGGCCAAACAGAGAGAUCCAGACUCAGUGUACCUCCUGUUCUCCAACCUGAACCCCAUGGUGUGCAGCUCAGACCAGGACCAGAGUGAAGGGGGCGAGUCCAGACUCUGCCGGUUCAGCAUUGAGGCCGUUGAAGACCUCCUCCAGAAACCUCACACUGUGCUCAUCUUUCUCGGAGUGGAGAAGAGGAAGGGGCCGUCGUCCCCCCCCGAGGCGACCCGGGAGCCUCCUGCCUGGUUUGCCAUCAACACAGACGAAGACGCUGCUGAACUUCUCAAACGCAGCAGAGAAAAGAACUGCUGCUUCACAAAGAUGGCGCACAGAGACCUGCUGAAGUUCAGCGAGGAAGAGGCGGGAGUCGUGGCUCAGGCUCGCUCGGUGUUGGCCUGGCACAGCCGCUACAGCUUCUGCCCGACGUGUGGCAGCAGCACCAACAUGGAGGACGGAGGCUACAAGCGGGGCUGCCUGAACUCUGACUGCAGGAGUCUGAAGGGAGUCCACAACACCUGCUACCCACGAGUCGACCCUGUGGUCAUCAUGCUGGUGAUCCACCCUGAUGGAAACCAGUGUUUACUGGGAAGAAAGAAGAUGUUUCCAGCCAGACUCUUCUCCUGUCUGGCUGGAUUUGUAGAGCCUGGUGAGUCGAUGGAGGAGGCGGUGAGGAGGGAGGUGGAGGAGGAGAGCGGUGUGAAGGUCGGACCGGUCUCCUACGUCUCCUGUCAGCCGUGGCCGAUGCCGUCCUCUCUCAUGAUUGGCUGCCUCGCCGUCGCCAUAUCGACCGACAUCAAGGUGGACGAGAGCGAGAUCGAGGAGGCCCGGUGGUUCCCACGGCAACAGGUGGUCGAGUCGCUGCUCAAAGGGUCCCGUCCCGAUCUCAUCAUCCCGCCCAGACAGACCAUCGCCCAUCAGCUGAUCAGACACUGGAUCGGCAUGAACUCCAACCUCUGACCGGCUCAGACUCACAUCCAGGACUACGCUCAGAGGGGUCUGAAAGCGUCCAGCAGCCAGUCGAGGAGAUUCAGCAGAGUCUGCACCACACUGAGUUUUAAUUUAGUUUUAUCAGUUUAAAUGUUUCUGUUGUUUCACCUGCAGAAACAUGACCAACGAUACACUCUGAUCUUCAGAUCUCAGGUUUGAACCAAAACGUGGGAACAUGCAGCGUGACGACGGAUCAAAUGUUCACAAGCUAAAUAAAAACGAUUGAUGCAAAAUAUUCUA